ACUAAAAGCAACGGACUUAGGCUAGCGCACAAGUAGGAAGCGCCAUGAUUCGCCACUCAUGGCCCUUCCUUUUUCUAAAAAAAGUAUUCCAAGUGAGUAAACCUCCUGCUAGUGGCUAUGAGUUGGUGGAGCUUCCCAAUGAAAAAGUCCUAAAUGAGUUUAUGCAGCACUUCAAGAAAAAGGCAAUCUUGGUGGUCGUACACAGUGGAGACAUUUAUUCAGGUGAUGUUCGUACUGAUUCAUCGAAGCUAGGCGGGAGCAAAGGGAAGAUUGCAGUUAAGGCUGGCAUGUCGGACAACGAUAUUAAUCAAAAGACGUACCCUUACUCGGUUUCGAAAGAUCCUCUUACACGUACGUUCAUUUCCUCAUUAAAUACUGUGAAUUUAGGUAAUCCUGAUGAAUUGAGAAUUGCGCUUGUUCCCGGGCCUAAGACUCCCUAUCUCGUGAAUAGGUAUUCCAUUCUUACGUACCCUACAACGCUGUUGUUUUUCGAAGGUAGGUAUAUCGAUCGUUGUGUUGGGGCCAGGGCACGAGAGCUAUCGAUCAAAACUCUGUUUAUGCUGCGUAAUAACGGACGUGACGUAUUUGCAAGAGAGUGAAUUAGUUUUACUUCGUAACAAUCGUCCUCCAGA